UUUCGUAAUUGACGCCAAACCAAACCAAACAAUAAAGCCCAUAUAUUUUCCCAAACAGACGGCCCAUUUAAUAAGGCCCGUUUAGUUAGCCCGGUCUAAAUUUCAUGGUUGUAUUCGUGAACUGCAUACGACGGCGUAAUGGAGUCCGCCCCAUUGCUUGAAAUGCACACUGGCCUGGCCCCAUAACAAACAAACUAACAAAGGCGCGAUCUACCUUCGAGCAAUUCCUGCCAAAUUAUUAAUUUUUUUUAAUUAAUUAUUAUUAUCAACAAUUUGCAUUUGUUCUUCUCGAAAUUCAUCCACUGCAAUAGUUCGUCGAUCUCAGAUACUUACAAGGGUGAAAUUAAAUUAGGGCAGUUGAUUCCUUUUCGGAUUAUCCCCAUUUUGAUGAUUCAAAGUCUAUAGGGCGUUUUCUGUUAACAGUAAUUGGGUUUAUUCGAUGGCUUCGUGGCUGAAAGCUGCCGAAGAUUUGUUUGAAGUAGUGGAUCGAAAGGCGAAACUUGCGGUUGGUGAGAAAGGGGAUGAGCUGCCGCCUGAUCCCACCCCAGGUUCUACUGGACGAGGAUCUCAAGCAAAGAGGGUUAGAACAAGAGCGAAGCAGCAGAAGAAACACUCAUCCAAUGAAGCUCCUUCUGCCGUAAAUAUUGAAAGAGAGCAAACUGUCCCCGAAAAAUCACAAACUCUAACAGAACCUGAUGGAAAUAUCCGCAGCUCUCUGAAUGUAAAUACUGAAAGCAAUCCAGGUAUUCCUAUUGGCAAAGUUGACAGUGAUGAAAAACCCAAGGCUGACCAAGAUGGUUCCACAACAGAGGGCUCUCUAUCUGGAACAACUUUGUCUUCGAAUUUAAAUGGAGAUAUCAACAUGGAAAAAGUUGCAGAUAUCCCACUUGGGAUUCCAUUAAAUGCUCCGAAAAAUCCUGAGGUUUUGGAUGGUGAUCCUUCAGUUGAAUCCAAUCAAAAUACGAUGCCAGAAGAUGCAGGUUCUUUCAGAAGUAUUGAACUUUCAGUUUCCAAAACUCUAGAAGAAGAUGCACCAACAAAAGUGUAUGCCCAAUCAAAGGGCCUGGAUUUAGUUACUGAACCUGAUACCCGAAAUAAGCAGCGUGAAGAACAAAAAACUGCCCCCUCUGCUGUGGAAGUACAAGAGCAACUAGAUGAGGCUCAAGGAUUACUUAAAAGUGCUGUUUCAACAGGGCAGUCAAAAGAAGCUAGGCUAGCUCGGGUCUGUGCUGGACUUUCGUCACGGCUACAAGAGUACAAAUCUGAGAAUGCUCAAUUAGAAGAACUUCUCGUGGCAGAGAGAGAACUGACUAAAUCCUAUGAGGCUCACAUAAAGAAGCUUCAGAAAGAUCAAUCCAUAUCCAAAGGAGAGGUUAGCAGAGUGGAGGCAAAUAUGUUGGAGGCUUUAUCUGCAAAGAAUGCUGAAAUUGAGGCACUUGUCGCCUCUGUUGAUGCACUUAAGAAGCAAGCUGCUUCAGCUGAAGAAAAUUUAGCAUCACUUCAGGCGAGUACGGAGUCUAUAAUGAGAAAUCGAGAAUUAACGGAAACAAGGAUGAUGCAAGCCCUGAGAGAGGAACUGGCUGCCGCCGAACGAAGAGCUGAAGAAGAGCGUUCUGCACAUAAUUCUGCGAAGCUGGCAGCUAGAGAACGGGAAGUAGAACUCGAACAGAGAGCUAUUGAGGCAUCCACAGCAUUAGCCAGAACUCAGAGAACAGCAGAUGAUAGGGCUUCAAAGGCGGCAGAACUUGAGCAGAAGGUUGCACUUCUUGAGGUUGAAUGUGCUUCAUUGAAUCAAGAACUCCAAGAUAUGGAAGCUCGUGUUCGCCGUGGACAGAAAAAAUCUCCGGAAGAUGCAAAUCAAACAAUUCAGGUGCAAGCAUGGCAAGAGGAAGUGGAGCGUGCACGUCAAGGUCAGAGAGAGGCUGAGAGCAAACUUUCUUCAAUGGAGGCUGAAGUUCAAAAGAUGAGAGUCGAAAUGGCUGCCAUGAAGAGGGACGCUGAGCAUUACUCUCGUCAGGAACACACGGAACUGGAGAAACGGUAUCGUGAGCUAACUGAUUUAUUGUAUUAUAAACAAACACAACUGGAGACUAUGGCCAGUGAAAAAGCUGCAGCUGAGUUUCAGUUGGAAAAGGAAAUAAAGCGUCAUCAGGAAGCACAGUUAGAAACCGAAAGGAACAGAGCUUCUCGUCGAGCAUCAUCCUCUUGGGAAGAGGACACAGACAUGAAAUCCCUUGAGUCCCUGCCCUUGCAUCAUCGCCACAUGGCUGGGGCAAGCUUACAGUUGCAGAAGGCAGCAAAAUUAUUAGAUACUGGGGCUGUCAGGGCCACGAGAUUCUUGUGGCGAUAUCCUACUGCCCGAAUUAUCCUGCUUCUUUAUCUGGUAUUUGUGCAUCUCUUCUUGAUGUACCUCUUGCAUCGCCUUCAGGAGCAAGCCGAUAAUUUCACAUCGAAAGAAGUUGCAGAGUCGAUGGGGUUAUUUAACAACACAUUACCUUGAAAUAAUUAAGCUUGAAGCCGCUUCCAGUUAACAUUAGAGCGUAUUAAGAAAAUAACUGGAAAAAGGUUUGUACACGGGCUUCAACCGAUGUAAAUGGCUAGCUAACAUCUUUGGUUUUCUUUUUAGUGGAAGCUUUAACAUAUUGAAGAGGGUUAGUGUUGUUUUUGAAGUAUGAUAUAUUCUUUCAACAUUUAAAAGACUAUUGUUACUGUAAUUUUGUAGGCUGGAGAAUAAAAUGUAAAUAGAGUUUGGCUAUUGCGUUUGUGUUUGGUAAUGGAAAUGUCACCUUUGUUAAUUAAUUUAGAAUGCUCACCAAUUCACGAGGUUUUUGCCGAGCUUAAACGGC